GCGGCCCCGGGGCCGCGUCGGAACGUGAUUGGACAGUGGUGUGCUAGCCGGUCUGCCUCCGGGAGAACCGAGCGCUUCCGGUGCGUGUGGUGGUUUGGCUUUGAAGGACAGCAAGAACUCUGUCUUUAAUGGCUUCGCUGGUAGCGUAUGAUGAUUCGGACUCAGAGGCUGAGACAGAACCUGCAGGAAGUUUUAAUGCCACUGGCCAGAUGAAAGACACUUCUGGUGUGGCCAGACCACCUGAGAAGGAUUUUGCAUCCGGUGCACUGGAUGUGCCCAAAGCAGGGGUACAGCCCACAAAGCAUGGCUCUUGUGAAGACCCAGGGGGCCAUCGCCUUCCACUGGCUCAGCUUGGGAGAAGCGAUCGGGGUUCUUGCCCCAGCCAGAGGCUACAGUGGCCCGGGAAGGAGCCUCAAGUCACCUUCCCCGUCAAAGAGCCUUCUCGUUCUUCCCUGUGGACGAGCCAUGUUCCAGCCAGCCACAUACCCCUGGCAGCUACACGCUUUAAGCAAGUAAAACUCUCCAGGAACUUUCCCAAGUCAUCUUUCUAUGCUCAAAGUGAAUCUGAAACUGUAGGUAAAAAUGACAGCUCUUUUCAGAAGAAAAAGUGUGAGGACUGUGUGGUACCCUAUACCCCCAAAAGACUAAGACAGCUGCAGGCAUUAAGCACGGAAACAGGCAACAGUAAAGAGAUGGAGCCACAGGGGCCCCCUGCAGGGCGUGCCCCAGCCCCUCUCUAUGUGGGCCCCAGAGUGUCUGAGUUUAUUCAACCAUAUUUGAACAGCCAUUAUAAAGAAACCACUGGUUCCCAGGAAAGUGCUUUUCCACCUAAGAGGCCACAGGGGCCCUGUCAACACCAUUCAGUGGUGUCCAGUCCUUUCUAAGAGCCACAUGCUUCUCUCCACUUCUAUGGAUAAAACUUUCAAGGUAUGGAACGCCGUGGACUCCGGGCACUGCCUGCAGACAUACUCCCUGCACACAGAGGCAGUGCGGGCCGCCCGCUGGGCUCCCUGUGGCCGGCGCAUCCUCAGCGGUGGCUUUGACUUCGCCCUGCACCUAACAGACCUUGAAACAGGAACCCAGCUAUUUAGUGGUCGAAGUGACUUUAGAAUCACUACCUUGAAAUUUCAUCCAAAAGACCACAACAUUUUUUUAUGUGGAGGCUUCAGCUCUGAAAUGAAAGCUUGGGAUAUAAGGACGGGCAAGGUGAUGAGAAGCUACAAGGCGACCAUCCAGCAGACCUUGGACAUCCUGUUCCUCCGGGAAGGCUCCGAGUUCCUGAGCAGCACAGAUGCUUCCACCCGUGACUCGGCUGACCGCACCAUUAUUGCCUGGGAUUUCCGGACCUCUGCCAAAAUCUCCAACCAGAUUUUUCACGAGAGGUUCACCUGCCCCAGCCUCGCCUUGCACCCGAGAGAGCCCGUGUUCCUGGCACAGACCAAUGGCAACUACCUGGCCCUUUUCUCCACUGUGUGGCCCUACCGGAUGAGCAGACGGCGGCGCUAUGAAGGGCACAAGGUGGAGGGCUACUCAGUGGGCUGUGAGUGCUCCCCAGGCGGUGACCUGCUGGUGACAGGAAGCGCCGAUGGCCGGGUCCUGAUGUACAGCUUCCGCACGGCCAGCCGGGCAUGCACGCUGCAGGGGCACACGCAGGCCUGUGUCGGCACCACCUACCACCCCGUGCUGCCCUCCGUCCUCGCCACCUGCUCCUGGGGAGGGGACAUGAAGAUCUGGCACUGAGCUUUGUGUCACUGAACCUUCCCGUUGCCAGCUGGGCUCUGGGACUCCCCUCUUCCUCAAGGGUAUAUGAGAGGAAUGAGCACAGAGAUUGGCUGUGGGUCCUGGGUACCACCCUCUGAGCCUCAGUUUCCUCGUCUGUAAAGUGGGGACAAAAGUCUGUUUGCCUCAGGAGUGUGAGGACUACAAUAGUGAAAGCGCCUGGCAGGCGGCCGGCGAUGCCUAAUAAAUGUGUGUUUUGCUAUUUGUUAAGUGUUUUCA